AUGGAGUCUGUGGUGAAAGUGAAAAAGUCACUGAGGACACCCAUCAGGAAGCUGACCAGCUGUGUGUCGAGGGUGAAGGAGAGGAAGUUGUGCGCCAAACCCAGGAACAAGAGGGGCAGAGGUGGGGGAGGCAGAGGAGGAUGCAAGAGGCUGGGGAGGACCCCUCCACUCCAAACUGCACAUCCCAAAGACCCUUCAGUCAUCUGCUCGUAUCAGGCAGACCUGGAGAAGGAGAGAAAACAGCGGGAAACGAUGAACGCUCAGAAGAAUGCACAGAGAGCAGCUAUGAGAGCUCAUUUCAGGAGAAAAUACCAGCUGUCUGAGAACCCGAAGGACACAUACCACCUGAGGACUGUUGGAGGGAAAGUGUCGCUCCCUCAUGAGCUGUCAAAGAUCAUUCGUCCUGAAACCAAAACCAAAGAGGACGGCUUCAACCUGCUGAGUGCCUUUCAGGGCCUCAGCUUCGGCACAACUCUGCUCACAGGGAGGAAACACAGCAAGACGCCCACUCCUACACCAGCAAGUGGGGACUCUUGUAAAGUCAUGUGA